AUGCGAAAUUCCGAGGCACGAACCCUUCUCUCUCUCUCUCUCUCUCUCUCUCUCUCUCCUCCCCCCAAAACCCUUCUCCGAGAUUCGGAACCGUGCGCGGAGCGAGAGAGAUCUCGCUCUCUCGAUCUCCUCUAUCUCUUCGAUUCCAUUGGAGAUGGGGUUCGUGUCCUUCGCGGGGAGAGUCCUCUUCGCGUCCGUGUUCCUCCUCUCCGCCUACCAGGAGUUCAGCGAAUUUGGGGUUGAUGGUGGGCCCGCAGCUAAGGCUCUUAGGCCAAAAUUCAAUCUCUUUGUUAAGCAUGUGUCUUCCCAUCUUGGGGUAGCAGUGCCCCGCAUUGAAAUGAAACAUGUUAUUGCGACCACAAUGGCUCUGAAAGGACUUGGAGGUCUCCUAUUUAUAUUUAGCAGCUCCUUUGGUGCUUAUCUCUUGGUGCUUUACCUAGCAUUUAUAACUCCUAUUGUGUAUGACUUCUACAACUACGACAUCGAGAGGCCUGAAUUCGUGCAGCUCUUUAUCAAGUUCACUCAGAAUUUGGCGCUCUUUGGUGCGUUGCUCUUCUUCCUGGGAAUGAAGAACUCCAUCCCCAAAAGGCAGCCCAAGAAGAAGUCUGCCAAGUCGAAGACAAAUUGAAGUCGGAGGUACGGUUGAGCAUUGUUUACGAACGGAUCCUCUCUUAUUUUGAAGGGUGUUUGUAAUAGCCCUAAUGAGAUGUGAAUGGCGGAUUAGGAAUGUGUCACUAGUUUAGUAUUUUCAUUAUAUAUACUUGCGAUCGGGCUCAGAAAACUAUAGCAUUGUCUCUUUAUGUCGAAGCUCGGUGAGUCGGUGAUUAUGCAAUUAAGCCCUCGUAUUUAUGCAUUUAGUGGUACUUGAUUUUUCUAUUUCUGAGACUUUCAUGAAUAUGCUAGAUUAUUAUUAUUA